AUGAGAACUACCAGUUGCAUCUUCCUCUUUACAACUCUUGCUCAAGUAGCUCAAGGUUUUUCCAGCUCACAUGAUAAUGCUUCUAUUCGUAGUAGUACCAGCGCCACCUCUGCAACUCCAGCUGCUGUGAUGGACGAAGCCGAAGCAUUUUCCAAGUCAACCUUUCCCAUUGCCCCUGAAAAUCUCAUUGCCCGGGCGAAAGAGGUCCUUGGGCCUGAAAUCGGUAUUGGAACACAGGAUGGCGGCGAAUGCCUGGCCAAUGAUUUUCAAUUCUGUGCCGCUGUUGUCGGGCCCAUUCCCAAGGACGAAUAUCUGGGUGCCUUGGGAACCUUCAAGCUGGAGGAUUCCUUCGAGAUUCAACAGAACCUUUUUGGAUUCACUGUCGAUCCAAUGCAACCAAAUAGAGUAUGGUUUUUUGACCGACAGACGGCAAAGCAUGUGAAUACGUUUAAUGGGGUCGAAGCCACUGGAAAACAACUUGAAAUGCCUCCUCAGCUAUAUCACGUGGAUUUCAACGACGAUGGAAAAGUAACGGAAUUUGGAUUCUACACCGUCGACAGACAACAAGGAAAUACUGGAGGUCUUGGAGGUGCUUUUGGAUACUUCUAUGGUGUAGGAAAGCCCCUUCCUAUUCGUGAAGCACAACCUUUCAAGCCCUCUUUCCGAUACCGUGUUUUGAUGGGACUGGGUAAUUUGGCGAAGAAACUACAAAAGAAGAAGGAAGAUUGA